AGGGAGGGUAGGCAUUGAAUGACAGUACGCGGUGUGGUGUGCAGUGGACACGGAGGGCAUACCCGGUCUGCCCUAUAUGGUUGUGGAAUUAGCUCCAUGCUAAUAUCGGCAGGAGAGGCAAAGCAUCGCGUUUCUAUCUAGCAUACUGCCUCUCCAGUCAGUGGUGGCUUUCAGAGUCUAAACAGGCUCCUUCGCAGCCAUGGCUGAGGGCGGGGAAGGGGAAGAUGAGAUUCAGUUCUUGCGAACUGAUGAUGAGGUGGUGCUGCAGAGUGUCGCCACCAUCCAGAAGGAGAAUCGCAAGUUUUGUCUGUCCGUGGAGGGACUCGGAAAUCGACUAUGCUUCCUAGAACCUACAUCUGAGGCUAAGUAUGUUCCUCCAGACCUGUGUAUCUGUUGUUUCAUCCUGGAGCAGUCCCUGUCUGUCCGGGCCCUGCAGGAGAUGUUGGCUCACACAGUGCCUAACAACGAGGGGAGGUUGUUGAGGAGGGCGGCCCAGGGAGGUGGACACCGGACCCUGCUCUAUGGUCACGCCAUCCUCCUACGCCACUCCUUCAGCGGAAUGUACCUGACCUGCUUAAAGACAUCAAGAUCGUUGACAGACAAACUGUCGUUUGACGUGGGAUUACAAGAAGAUUCAAUAGGAGAGGCAUGUUGGUGGACCAUCCACCCUGCGUCCAAACAGAGGUCAGAGGGAGAGAAGGUCCGUAUCGGAGACGACCUCAUCCUGGUCAGCGUGUCCACAGAGAGGUACCUGCACCUGUCCAUCUCUAAUGAUAGUUUUCAGGUGGAUGCCUCCUUUAUGCAGACUCUGUGGAACGUCCAGCCGACCUGCUCAGGAAGCAAUGUGGCUGUAGGAUUCCUGUGUGGUGGUCACGUGAUGCAUCUUUGUCACGGGCAUGAUGAGAGUCUGACCAUACCUGGAUCAGAGGCCAGCGAGAUGGAGCAGAGGAUUGUGAACUAUGAGAUGGGUAAAGGAGCAUCCAGGGCCCGCUCCCUCUGGAGGCUGGAGCCCCUCAGGAUCGGUUGGAGCGGUAGCCACAUUCGCUAUGGGCAGGCGUUCCGUCUGCGUCACCUGUCCACCGGUCACUACCUGGCGCUGACCGAAGAGCAUGGUCUGGUCCUGCAGGAGAGAGAGAAGUCCGAUACCAAGUCCACCGCUUUCUGCUUCAGGGCUACCAAGGAAAAGAUAGAGUCGGGUACAAAGAAUCGAGACAUAGAAGGCAUGGGAGUAGCAGAGAUCAAGUAUGGGGACUCAGCCUGCUUCGUGAUGCACGUGGCUACAGGGCUGUGGCUGUCCUACCAGGCGCCUGAUGCUAAAGCCUCCCGUAUAGGACCCCUGAAGAGAAUGGCCUGUCUGCAUGCUGAGGGUCACAUGGACGACGGUCUGACCCUUCAGCGUUGUCAACACGAGGAGGCGCGGGCUGUACGCAUCAUCAGGAACACCACCGUCCUCUUCAGCCACUUCAUCAAGGGUCUUGACAGUAUAGGGGGGGAUAAGAAUGUGGAGGUGUCCCUGCCUAACUUUGACGAGGUGUUGCAGACUCUGGAUGAUCUGAUUGAGUACUUCAAACAGCCCGACUCAGAGCUGGAACAUGAGGAGAAACAGACUCUGCUGAGAUCUCUCAUCAAACGACAGGACCUCUUCAAAGACGAGGGCAUGCUGGCCCUGCUGGUAAAGUGCAUCGACCGUCUCAACCUGUACAACAGUGCUGCCCACUUUGGAGAGCAUGCUGGGGAAGAGGCUGGGGCGGCAUGGAAGAACAUCCUCAAUCUACUCUACCAACUACUGGCCUCUCUGAUCAAAGGGAACCGGAACAACUGUACCCAGUUCUCCAGGAACCUGGACUGGCUGGUCAGCAAGCUGGAGAGACUGGAGUCCUCAUCAGGUAUCCUGGAGGUGCUCCAUUGUAUCCUGAUAGAGUCUCCAGAGGCUCUGAACAUCAUCCAGAAAGGACACAUCAAGUCCAUCAUCUCCCUGCUCUACAAACAUGGACGCAACCACAAGAUCCUGGACGUCCUGUGCUCUCUGUGUGUGUGUAACGGGGUUGCAGUGAGAGCCAAUCAGAACCUCAUCUGUGAUCACCUGCUUCCCAAGAGAGACCUGCUCCUCCAGACACGAUUGGUCAAUGACGUUCAGAGUAUGAGGCCUAACAUCUUCCUAGGAGUGGCGGAGGGUUCAGCCCAGUAUAAGAAGUGGUACUUUGAGCUGAUGAUCGACCAGGUGGACCACUAUGUGACCAGCGAGCCGUCCCACCUGCGAGUGGGCUGGGCCUCCACUAAGGGUUAUGCCCCCUACCCGGGGGGUGGAGAGGGCUGGGGGGGCAACGGGGUGGGUGACGACCUUUACUCAUACAGCUUUGAUGGACUCUACCUGUGGUCAGGCCGUAUCUCCCGGGCGGUAGCCUCCAUCAACCAGCACCUGUUGAACAGUGAUGAUGUAGUGAGCUGUUGUCUGGACCUGGGCGUUCCCUCCAUGUCCUUCAGGAUCAAUGGCCAGCCAGUACAAGGCAUGUUUGAAGACUUCAACACCGACGGAUUCUUCUUCCCCGUAGUCAGCUUCUCUGCAGGGGUCAAGGUGCGUUUCCUACUGGGUGGUCGUCAUGGAGACUUUAAGUUCCUGCCCCCGGCGGGUUACUCCCCAUGUUAUGAGGCCCUGCUCCCCAAGGAGAAGAUGAGGGUGGAGCCUGUGAAGGAGUACAAGAGGGACCAUGGAGGGGUCAGGGACCUACUGGGGACGACACAGUUCCUCUCCCAGGCCUCCUUCAUCCCCACACCUGUAGACACCAGCCAGAUUGUUCUGCCUCCUCACCUGGACCACGUGCGUGACAGACUAGCAGAGAACAUUCAUGAACUGUGGGGCAUGAACAAGAUCGAACUGGGCUGGUCCUAUGGCAAGGUUCGAGAUGACAACAAGAGGCAGCACCCGUGCCUGGUGGAUUUCACCAAGCUGCCUGAAACUGAGAGUAACUAUAACCUGCAGAUGUCUAGCGAAACUCUCAAGACCCUGUUGGCGUUGGGAUGUCAUGUUGCACAGACCAACGUUAACGCUGAGGACGAUCUGAAGAAAGUCAAACUGCCCAAAGACUAUGUGAUGUCUAACGGGUACAAGCCAACGCCGCUGGAGCUUUCUGAGGUGAAACUGACAGCUGGUCAGGAGGUUCUGGUGGAUAAACUGGCGGAGAACGCCCACAACGUGUGGGCCAAGGACAGGAUCAAACAAGGAUGGACCUACGGCAUCCAGCAGGAUGUGAAGAGCAGGCGUAACCCUCGUCUGGUGCCGUACGCUCUGCUAGACGAGAGAACCAAGAAGUCUAACAGAGACAGUCUGAGAGAGGCCAUCAGGACCCUGGUUGGAUAUGGCUACAACAUCGACCCCCCAGACCAGGAAGCCUGUCAUAUUGUGGAGAGGCAGAGCAUUGAGACGAUCAGGUUCUUCCGCGUAGAGCAGACGUAUGCAGUGAAGACAGGGAAGUGGUACUUUGAGUUUGAGGCCCUGACCGGAGGGGACAUGAGGGUUGGCUGGGCUAGACCAGGCUGUAGAUCAGACUUUGACCUGGGCAUGGACGACCAGGCUUACGUCUUCGAUGGAUACAAGGGUCGUCGUAUGCACAUGGGUGCGCGUUUCUUCGGGCAGUCAUGGAACAAGGGAGACGUGGUGGGCUGCAUGAUCAACAUGGAGGACAAGUCUAUGGUCUUCACUCUCAAUGGAGAACUACUCAUCACUAACAAGGGAUCAGAGCUCUGCUUCGUUGACUUCGAGACAGACGAUGGCUUCAUCCCAGUGUGUUGUCUGGCCCAGUCUGAGAUUGGCCGAAUGAACCUGGGGAAGGACGCCAGCACCUUUAAGUACUACACCAUGUGUGGCCUGCAGGAGGGCUUCGAACCCUUCGCUGUCAACAUGAACAGAGAGGUCACCAUGUGGUUCAGCAAACGCCUGCCUACCUUCGUCAACAUCCCCAAGGACCACAACCACAUCGAG